CUUGCAUUGGAACGCGGUGUAUUUUACUGGGCUGCAAGCCGAUGUGACCUUCCUCAAGGCCCUGAGUCUACCUUCCGUGUCCUUGUACUAAGCGACCCCCAGAUCGUUGAAAAUGGAACAUACGGUUCUAUAUCUCCCAUAUUUCAAGCUUGUGGCUUGCUUUGUCUAAGCAGGGCAUUGGUACGUGGCUUUGGGCCCAGCCCAGGCCUGCGGACCUUGUCGUCUUUCUAG